AUGGCAGCCCCUCUGUACACUACCGCGUCUGGUCUCCUGUUUCAUGCAGGUAAAAUUCUGAUCAUGACUGUGGGGCUUCCAGCGCGGGGAAAGACUCAUAUAUCCCGCGCACUCGAACGAUAUCUGCGGUGGAUGGGCGUGAAAACGACUGUCGUCUCUCUAGGCGAUUAUCGCCGUAAAACCCUUGGAGGCGCACAGAAGCUUCCGCCAGAUUAUUUCAGUAUCGGGGAGAAAAGUCCAGAAACACUAGCACUUCGGAAGAAGGUUUCGGACGGGUGUGAGAACCUCAUAUGGGAGUUCUUCGAAGGGGGCGGCCAGGUCGUCAUCUAUGACGCGAACAACGGACUGAGAAAGAAUCGACAAGCCCUUGCCGAAAAGUUUGACAAGCUUGGGAUCCAUGUAGUCAUGCUAGGGCAUGUAUUCUGUGAAUGGGCUGAAGUCCAAUCCGUCUGCGAUAACAAAGAAAUAAUCGAGACUAAUAUACGAAACGUCAAAAUCUCCUCCCCCGAUUAUCGUGGAUGGGACCAGGACAAAGCCGUCGAAGAUUAUUAUGGUCGCAUUCGUCUCCGGGAGCAAGCUUAUGAAACCAUCGAGGAAACCGAAUGGCCAUAUAUCCGCAUAUUUAACGUAGGCGAGAAAAUAAUGGUGAACAAAAUCCGUGGAUAUCUACAAUCACGUAUAGUUUUCUUCCUUAUGAAUAUCCACAAUCGUUUCCGAAUGAUAUACUUCGCCCGUUCCGGCCAAUCGCUGAUUGAGCACUCGUAUAAGGCAGAUUCCGACCUCUCGCCUGCUGGCUGGGAAUAUUCUGAGAGACUGAAGGAAUUUGAGCGCCGACUUGUGAUUUGGACCUCCACCCGGCGGCGUGCUCACCAUACGGCGUGGCCAUUCCUCACAUCUGAUAGGGAGUCCACCCCCAGAGUCAAAGUAAUUGAAAAGCUACAAAUGUGCGAAAUCAAUCCGGGUGUUUGGGAUGGCCUCACUCCAGACCAAGCCCGUAAGUUUUACCCUGAAGAGUGGGCUAGAUUCGUGAAGGAUCCGUAUGCAUUCCGCGCACCACGAGCAGAAAGUUACCAUGAUUUGUCAGUGCGUUUGGAGCCGAUUUUGAUCGAACUGGAGCGGGAGAAGGAAGACUUGUUGAUCAUCGGACAUUCGUCCGUCAUUCGCUGCCUUUUGUCCUACUUGAUUGGCCUUCCUGCGUCGGAGAUUCCUGCGAUCGAGGUUGCCCGAGGGGAUCUUCUUGAGGUUGUGCCCACAUCCUAUGGCGUACACAGCCAAGCCUUUCAUUUCUGGGACGGGCCCGGAAGACGCGUUGAUGCAGGAGACGGGGAGGUAGAGCUUGAACAUCUCUCCAAUAGGGAUGAGAACAACUUUUAUGAGAACUACGCGGAGGACACAAAGGGGAAGAAGAGGUUCACAACCUCCGACUUGGCUGCUCAUUGCAACGGAUUUGAACAGACCACGGCGGCGGCAGAAACCUGAUUCUUACUAGCGAACUGUACUAUAUAGGAGUCGAUCGAUAUUGGACUUGACAAAUUCUCUCCGCAACUUACUGUUGCUGCCCCGCGACGUAAUCGUGAUCUCCUUAUUUGCUAUUUUGGG